GCUGGAGAAAUGCGCGAGGUGACGCGGCUGCGCGCGACCCCGGACCAGCGCGCGACCCGGAGCGUGGGCGGAGCCGGAGGAGGAACCGGCCCGGGAGGUGGGAAGGUGACGGCGGCGACCCCGCCCCUCAGGCCGCUCCUCCUCCUCCCUGUCGGGAGCGGGGGGCGGGUCACUAGUGUCAGGUCCCUGCGCCCGUGCCCCGCGAUGGGGACCGAGCCCCGGCAGGCGGGGGCCGCUGUCACGACGCUGAGGUUGUAUCUGGAGAAAAUAUUGCUACAGUGGGUUCUUCAGGCAAGACCUUUGUCAGGGGCUGAAGUCUUCAAUGCUCUCAGACCUUUCUAUUUUGCUGUGCAUCCAGAUUUCUUUGGCCAGCAUCCCAGAGAGAGGGAAAUCAAUGAAAACUCUCUUAAGAGGUUAAAUGGCUAUUUGGAGAAUCUCCAGAAACCAGGAUUUAAGUCUUUUAAGCCAACUCAACUCACUUUUUACGUGAGAGAGAGAGAGCAAAACUCUUCUGAUGUCCAAGAAUCCUUCAGUGCUGCAGGUUUUCGAGCCGUCAGUUUUACUUUGCACACCAGGGACUUACUAAGCACAGUAUUAGACAUUCUCAACUCCUGCAGCUUAUCUACUGAGCAUGUCCAAAGCGUGAACUCUCAACCUCACAAAGAAGUAAAAGGGACGUUUUAUAGGCCUAUCAAAUGGGACAAGACUUAUUAUUCAUUUACUGGAUUCAAGGAUCCUGAGGAAGAACUAGAACAAGCCCAGAGGGUGGAAAUUACUCUAAUCUCCUGGUUAGAUAAUAGUGAAAAAAGUGCAGUAAAGAAGCUGAGAAACAGCUUACCACUUAGGGAAGAAUUAAACCGUUUAAAAGAUGAACUCACUCAUCAGCUACAGCUCUCUGAUAUCAGAUGGCAAAGAAGCUGGGGUAUUGCCCAUCGUUGUAGCCAGCUACACAGUCUAGGUCGUUUAGCUCAGCAGAGUCCAGAAGUACUAAGGAACGUUAAAGGACAUACAGUAGUAUUCACGGACUGUUCAGGUAUGAGUGCAACAGGCCACGUCAUGCUAGGCACAAUGGAUGUUCACCACCACUGGAUCGAAAUUUUUGAGAGAUUGCCUAGCUAUUAUAAACUUCAAAAGAAGAUGCUGCUUUUGGAGGACCGUAUAAGUCAUCUUCUAGGAGGCAUACAAAUAACAUACAUUGAAGAACUGCAACCACUGCUAACUCUUGAAGAGUAUUACACCACUCUUGAUGCUUUUUAUAAUAGAUUGCUAAACAGUAGGCUAUCAUUUCACCCUCGUAGUCUGCGUGGCUUGCAAAUGAUUCUAGAAAGUGAUAAGUAUGCUCCAAGCUUGCAUGAACUUGGUCAUUUUAACAUCCCAACAAUGUGUGAUCCAGCAACCCUUCAGUGGUUUAUUAUUACCAAAGCACAGCAAGCAAGAGAGAAUCUGAAAAGAAAGGAAGAGUUGACAGUGAUGGAAAAAGAGCUAAUCAGUGCUUCCACUGAAAAAUUUUCUCUGAAACAACUGUAUAAGGAGCCAAGUAUUUCACAUGCACAGAUGAUAGAUUGUUGUAAGCGACUGCUGGAAGAAUCGCUCCCAUACCUGCAAGGCAUGCACCUCUGCAUUUCACACUUUUAUUCAGUGUUGCAAGAUGGAGACCUCUGUAUCCCUUGGAACUGGAAAAGCUGAGGCCUGUCUAAUAGGCAGAGGAACUGUCUAUUUUCACUAAGAAGCUAUAAACAUGAAUUAUUUUCUUUUAGAGUAAAUUAUUUAAAUUUGUAUUUUGAUAUCAGUAUUCUGACUAAGCCAAGAAUUUUCCUUUUAAUUGCUGCUCAGAAAGUAGAACUUCAGUUCUUGACAGCUUACUGAAUAAUGUACAGUAUAGCUAGUUCAUGCAUAAAAUUCUGUAUGGUUUCCAUACUCCUCUUGAAGUCCCAUCAUAGGGAAGGGGUAAUAAAAGGGCAUUUCUGAUAGUUAAACAAAACUUUUGAAUUGGAUUUGAAGAUUACAAAAAGGGUUUUGGUUUGUUUGUCAUAUACAUGAAUAUUCCAGGAUGGAUUUUGUAAAGUUCAUAGAAAUUGUACCUUUAAAGCCAAGCACUAUGUACUAACUAAAGUAGGUGACUAACUCGAUUCAAAAAUUAAGAAAUAUCUUGUCAAAGUAGUUCUAGGGGCGGCAAAAGCUGUAGAAGUAAUUCUAGAGUCCUUUAUAUAUCAUUAAUUAUCUGGUGCCAAUAUUGUAGUUACAUAUUGCUGUAUAUCUUACUAUAUAAGAAAUAUAGAAGAAUGAAAAAUCCUUCAGUGUUUUUAUAUGCAGACAGGAACAGUACUUUGAACAUUUGUUUAAGAGGAGUUUAUUUUAAAUAUCAAUCCAAUAUCUGCCCAUUGGAGUAGGUGUUCACACUUAAAUAUUUGACAUCUUCUUUGUAAAUAUAUCUCCAAUCUACAUUAUUGUUACUAUCAUUUGUUACUGGAGUAUAAAAUGCAUCAAUUGUUUUUAAGUACACUGUAGCUAUGGGCAUGACUAUGAAACUCUUACUCACACUGGUGAGUGCUGAUUUGCAUGACUAGUCCCAAUGAAAUCUAGGGAUGGUAGAAGUCAGUGCGACUACUCAUAACCGUAAGUGCUCACUAAUGUAAUCGACCCUGAGGAUCAGGCAUAAUGAAUUUUAUUUAUACUUGAUAACUCCAAUAGCUGAUUGAGAGCUUAUUUUCUGAGUAAAUGUUAGACUCGUUAAAAAGCUGCUGUUUCACUGUAUUUCACACUAAAAUACACACCAUGUUUGAGUUCUACAUCUUGCGAAAUCGUCUGAAAGGAACUAGCCAGUUAACAUUUUUUGGACUUGGAUUCAUCUUUCAGAACUGGCAAAAAUACUGUAAAAUAAAUGUGUAUAAAUUAUGUA